AUGUCAGCUGUGGUCUGGCAAGCAGUGAUGAUACUGAGCUCUUAUGUCCUGCUGGACAGCAGUGUCCAAGGUUGUAGCCCCGGCUGGUUCGGACAACACUGCGAUUUUCAGUGCAAUUGCAACGUGUCGUUAUCCUGUGGGUCACAGGGAGACUGCCCGCCAAACGAACGCUGCAAGUUGGGAUUUUUCGGACCAGGCUGUCAGUACGUGGACUUGGCUGCAAGAUCGUCCGGCGCUUCCAGCCCUCCGUACUUGUUCGACAAUGACGAGACAAGUUGCAACCCGGACAGCCAGGCAACAUCGGUUCUUUAUGCCCUUACACAUGGCACGCCAGUGUCCUGGUUUCGGAUCUACUCCCGCUACAACCCAAGACAGUACAGCUUCCACGUGAAGAUCAAUGGGUUCGGGCCUUACGACGACGAGAGACAGUACCUGGUCAACCAGCACGUGGUGGACGUCAUGUGGGGCGAGGUCUAUGAGAUCAAGGACAUAACCAUCGUUGGGAACAUCGCUCCAACCAUCUGUUCCAUCCAGAUCACCACAGGUCGGAAUGUGGCCCUGAAGCAGUUUGCCAACCAAUCAAGUGUCUUCAAUGGAGCACAAGGCCAGGCCUCCAACGCCGUGGACGGGUACACCAGCGACAAGAUCAAUGGCAAUUCUUGUGUGGUCACUCGAGAAGAAGCUCCUGCCAUAUGGAGGCUCUAUUUUAGAAGACCACAUAUAGUCUCCAGGGCUUACGUAUAUAGCUCAG